UAUUGCUAUGGAGCUGACGAAGAUAAAUGUGCAGCAGAAUUUUUUUGUCAUCCAGACACUCAUGGCCAUGUUUCUGGGGAUUGAGGCCUGUAAAUCUGAUGCUGAAAGACAGAAAAUCCUCCAAGACAAACUCCAAGAUGUGGUAGAAGAGUCCUAUUAUUGCCUCCUGAAUAACAUCUUUCUUGUCAAGUUUCCCAUCUCUGCCGAGGUUUCCGAAAUGGAUCAUGAAACAAGGACACAGGAGAUGGAACUAUUUCUUGUGAAAAUACUGCAGAAGGUGAACCACUCUCUUUAUUGUGAAACGGAGAGAAAUGAUUCCCCAGACUGCACUGGACUUGCAGAUUCUGCUAAUGAGCAGCUGGUUAGCAGGCUGGGAAUACGGUGUACUCCGGUCAUUUUCCUUAUGGCCUUAUCCUCCAUAUCCCUCCUCAAUCCUAAUUCCUGUUACCUGCACUCACUGUGUGAUGUCUAAAGUUAGAGGGCAGGAACUAUGUCUUUCUGUACC